UAUGACUCUUUGGCCCCGCCCCUACGGACGCAUGCUUGGAAGACAUGCGCUUUGCGGCAAAGUCCUCCUUUUCUCCACACACGCUUCUAAGCCUCGGCACAUCUCCUCACAUUGCUACUAACUACACUUUAUUCAUCCUCCGUGUCAGGAUAAACUCCACUCGUCUCAGCCACAUUUGGAGAUUAUUAGGCCCGCUUAGCUUGAUAGUUGUUUGAGCGCGCCAAUUAGCUUAGCAUGCUAGUUAGCUUAGCAUGUUAGCCGCUAACAAAGAGACGCGGAUUUGAUCAACACAUCGCUUAGUUAAGAUCAAGUGUGAGAGUAAAGUGUUGUGAUUGUGUGAAAAUGUGCGAAAGAACGAUAGCAAAGUAUGAGGAAGAACUUUGUUGUGUGAAAAUGUGUGAAAGAACGAUAGCAGAGUACAAAGAGGAACUUUCUCGGACAAAAGAAGAGAACGAGAGACUACGUCAACUAUUGGAAGCUGUUUUCAAGAAACCUCAAGUUGUGUUACACAGAACAGAUGUCCAGCAGCCCCCUCACAUAAAAAAGGAAGAGGAGGAUCCACAGCCCCCCCACAUGAAAGAGGAAGAGGAGGAAGUGUGGAUCAGUCAGGAGGGAGAGUGUCCUGUAGGGCAGGAGGAGGCUGAUGUCAGCAAGUUUCCACUGACUGUUGUCUCUGUGAAGACUGAAGAGCAUGAAGACAAACCACCUGAGUCCUCACAGCUUCAUCACAGUCCAAACCUCAAUGAAGAACAUCUACCUCAUGAGCAGGAGGUGGAACCACAGUACCCCCACAUACACAAGGAAGAAGAGGUACCACAUUCCCAACACAUCAAAGAGGGAGGAGAGGAGCCACAUCCCCCCCACAUUAAAGAGGAAGACGAGACGCCACAGACCCAUAAUGUUAAACUGACCCUUCACAUUAAAGGGCAAGCGGAGGACCCACUGAUCUUACACAUCAAAAAGGAAGAGGAUGAUCCACUGACCCCUCCCUUUAAGGAGCAAGAGAACCCACUGAACCCUUACUUUAAAGAGGAAGAAGAGGACCAAGAGCCGCCGCACAUUAAAGAGGAAGAGGAGGAAGAGGGCAUCAGUCAGCCUAAAUGGUUGGAGGAGUUCCCAGUGACUGGUGUCCCUGUGAAGAGUGAAGAUGAUGAGGUGAAAGGUGAAAGUGAGGAGAGGGGAGGGGGGGAGCCUCCAAGCAGCAGCUCAACACAACACAUGACAACAGAAGCUGAUGGAGACCACUGUGGAGGAUCACAAGCAGACAAGCUCUUAGCUCCACUAUCAGAUAGUGAGGACACAACGUCACACUCUCCUGACACUGAUGAUGAAGACUCUAAAGAUGAUAAGACAUGUCACACUGACAACACUCACUUCACAUGUUCUCACUGUCACAAAACCUUUCAAUACCAUUGUCGUCUGAAAAGACACAUGAGAACACACACUGGAGAAAAACCUUUUUCUUGUUCACUCUGUAGUAAAGGUUUUACACAAAGUCACAAUUUGAAAGUCCACAUGAGAACACACACUGGAGAAAAAACAUUUUCUUGUUCAAUCUGUGGUAAAAGUUUUGCACAAAGUCAGGAUUUGAAAAAACACUGGAGAACACACACUGGAGAAAAACCUUUUUCCUGUUCAAUCUGUGGUAAAGGUUUUGCACAAAGUCAGGAUUUGAAAGUACACAUGAGAACACACACUGGUGAAAAAGCUUUUUCCUGUUCAACCUGUGGUAAAGGUUUUACACAAAGUCAGAAUUUGAAAGCACACAAGAGAACACACACUUGUGAUAAAUCACAUUCCUGUUCAAUCUGCAACAGAAGCUUUGGUGACCAACCAACCCUUGUAGCACACAUGAGAACACACAGUGGUAAAAAAACUUUUUCUUGUUCAAUAUGUGGUAAAGGUUUUGCACAAAGUCAGGAUUUGAAAAGACACAUGAGAACACACACUGGUGAAAAACCUUUUUCUUGUUCAACCUGUGGUAAAAGUUUUACACAAAGUCAAAGUUUGAAAAGACACAUGAGAACACACACUGGUGAAAAGGCUUUUUCCUGUUCAACCUGUGGUAAAGGUUUUACACAAAGUCAAGAUGUGAAAGUACACAUGAGAACACACACUGGUGAAAAAUCACAUUCCUGUUCAAUCUGCAACAGAAGCUUUGGUGAACGAUCAAGCCUUGUAGCACACAUGAGAAGACACCCAGGAGAGAAAGUGUUGAGUUGCAGUGUGUGUGGUGAAAGAUUGUCUUCUAAGUACCAGUGUAAGAAACACAAGUGUGCUGGUGAGAACAGCAGCAGCAAAUGAAACUGCAGGAUUUGAAAUAAACUGUCCAGACUUUCAUUUUGACUUUCUAACAACAUCAUCACAUAUAACAUGUUAUUGUUUGUGUAACAAUCUUUUUUAAUAUGCUUCUACAUUUAUAGAUGAGAUAGUUUGGAAUAUGGAAAUAUUACAUAUUUGUAUUUCUAAUGGUAAUAAUCCCAUAGAUUAGCCCCUAUUUAUUAUAUACAUAUGUACUGCUUCACAUCUGAAACAUCUUCUGGACCACUUCAGGAAGCAUAUUAUUAUUUACUUUUUACAUAAUUUGAACAGUUGUCUUUUAUACAAUUUUGAAAUGUUAAGUUUUAUUAAUCAUUUGUUGGGUCUCUAUAAUCCAUUGUAUUAAUUAUCUUUAUUACUGUCUUUUGUAAUAUGAUGAUUGUGUUGUGAUUGUUUUAUAUGUAUGUCCCCAGACCUUUAUGCAAUAUUAAAAAAUAGAUGAAAUGGCUGAA